UACAAAGGGCUAUUUUCAUGAAAUGGAAAAGACGGUAGAAAGCUCAAUCAUGGAUUAAGAACAGAUGUUCGAGUUUGCUUCUUCGAGAUCUCAUCUUGCAGAAGUGCAUGAUUUUCUGUCUUUGCCUUCUGCCUCCAUGUUACCUCAUUACCAACAGACAAUGCAUUUGGAUGGAGAAGAGGGUAGUUAUUACCUUCUAAUGCAGCAAGAAAGGUUGAGCCUUGUGCAAUUUUGGAAUCAAAAAAUGCUAGAGAUUCCUAGUAUUUCAGAUUUUAAGGGCCAACAUGCUUUACCUCUUGCAAGGAUCAAAAGAAUUAUGAAAGCAAACCGAAAUGUUAAGAUGAUUAGUGCGGACAGUCAAAUACUAUUUGCCAAAGCAAGUGAAUUGUUCAUCCUAGAGCUCACACUUCGAGCAUGGUUUCAUGCGGAAGCCAACAAACGCCGAACUCUGCAGCCAUGUGAUAUAGGGAGAGCCAUACGAUGUUACCCAACUCUGCAUUUCUUGACAAACAUUGCUCCCGAUGUGCAUAAGGAAGAGCACAGUGAAAAUAUUUCAGGAGGAGCAGGAUUUGUUGUGGCAAAUGAGGGAGUACAUUUUCCUGCAGCAAACCAUGAAUUAAUAAUGUGGAAUCAUGAAAUCCCUUGUUCUGUUCAGCUGCCACCUAUUACUUCUUCUGAAAUGGUGAACAAAAAUGCUCCCAAGCGAGGAAAAUGUGAUGGAGGCAUGUGAAAGCUCUUGAUGGUUUGGAAAAAGCGUCAUCUUAUGUUUUGUGGAAUAACAUGCAUCUAUACCUAUGUGUUAGUAGUGCCUUUUUUUUUUUUUUUUUUGUUGGAGACAUUGCGGAAGCUAUUUUAUUAUGAAAUAAACAAGAGCUUUUGUCACAA